AUGUCCAAACCACUUUCCAACCAGGAGAUGGAUCUUCUCGGGAUGGGAUCGUGGACGGAAGACGUCUCCACCUUCCCAGGAGGUCCGACCCUCAAUCUUGGUCCCUCCCUGCCCUCAUCCUCCACCAUUACCUUCCCAGACACGCGACCAUCGAACGGCAACAGCGCUUCCCUCGAAGCCUAUCUGAAUGCCCCACGCUCCUCUCAGCCAUGGUCCCCGAUCAACCUUAGCACCCGCUAA